AGAAGCAUCAAUUUUAGAGGAAUUUGUAGCUUUACCUUUAAAAACACACGAACAAGUCCAAAACAUGGAGAAAGAUCUGGAAGAUCAAGAUUUUUUCGAGAAAAUGGCUAUUUCGUUGAAUAAAAUUGGCGGACGUGACAGCCGAGAAUUAAUAAUAAACAUUUUAAAAAGAAGUAUUACAAAUGAAAUAGCAAAACAGUACGGCUGGGCUGGAAAAUUAAAAAAAAUGGGAUUCAAAGAUUUGUUGCUCGCGAAGUGUAUUAUGCGAGCUGUGCGUAUUACAGAUGGUACGAUUACAGAGAAGGAAAUGAUAGCUUAUAUGUCCAAAUGGCUUGUGCAAGCCACUUUAAGAUAUACACGUAGUCUUGAACCAAAAAAAACGUAA